AAAAGAAAAGAGAUGAGAAGGUGUAGCUACAGGAGGUGUAGCUGUAAACAGUAAACACGAAUCUUUUUUUCUCAAGUUCGCGAAUUGUUGUGAAUAACAUAUCUUUAUUUUUCAUUUAUCAUCGCUAGUCUUAUCUCGUAUUAUGUUCAGUGAAAUUUCUGCCAGAGAGAUUCAGAAACGAGAACUUAUGGCCGCAUUAUAAAAGUCCAAGGCAUUAAAGUCUGUGUUUAACCUAAACCUAAACAGAAAGAGCUCUGUGUUAAAAAAUUAAAAAUAAUUAAAAUAUAUCUUAAAAUGCGGCUUCUAUUAUUACUAUCUAUUGCAUUGAGUAUUUUGGGCAUUAGCACUGCAUGGCGUACUUUCUUGAGAGGUCGGAAUAAAGGCGGCAAUUUAGGAGAGCCAGUUUUGCUCUCUGAAACGUUGCUUCCCGAGGAGCAAUGGUUUACACAAUAUCUCGAUCACUUCAAUCCAACUGAUGUUCAUGCUUGGAAACAGAGGUACUUUGUUAAUUCCGAUUUUUAUAAACCUAACGGCCCGAUAUUUUUAAUGAUCGGUGCUGAAGGUAUUGCAAAUGCGAAAUGGAUGAUAGAGGGUCAAUGGAUUGAGUAUGCCAAAGAAUUUGGAGCAAUGUGUUUCUACCUAGAGCAUCGUUUUUAUGGGAAAAGCCACCCCACUUCGGAUCUCAGCAUAAAGAACUUGGUAUACCUGAGUUCAGAACAGGCACUAGCAGAUUUAGCGUACUUUAUCGAGAGUGUUAAUAUCGGAUACAAAUUCUCAAAUGACACUAAAUGGAUUGUAUUCGGAGGCUCGUACGGUGGAUCUCUGGCCGCUUGGAUGCGCGCAAAAUACCCUCACUUGGUACAUGGGGCUGUGUCUGCUAGUGGACCACUGCUAGCGCAGAUUGACUUUGCCGAAUACUAUAUUGUUGUCACGAACGCUUUGAAAGAGUAUUCGGAGAAGUGCGUUGGUGCAAUACAAGAGGCUAACUCGCAAAUCAAUACAAUGUUACACCAUACUUCUGGCCAACAACAAAUAGAGAAAAAAUUCAAAUUAUGUGACCCAAUUGACCCUGGACAUACAAAGAGAGUAGAUAUUUCCAACUUGUAUGAGACAUUGGCGAGUAACUUUGCUGGCGUUGUACAGUACAAUAAGGACAAUCGUCAAAGCUCUCAAACCGCUAAUAUCACUAUUGAGAUCGUAUGUGAUAUACUAGCAGAUGAGAAAAUAGGACAAUCUAUUGAUAGACUUGCUUCUGUAAGCAACAUGAUAUUGAAUGCUACCAACGAGAAGUGUUUAGAUUAUAGAUAUGACAAGAUGGUUCAUGAGCUUCGAAAUGUCACCUGGGCUAGCGAGCAAGCGGAAGGAGGACGUCAAUGGAUGUAUCAGACUUGUACGGAGUUUGGAUUCUUCCAAACCUCCACUGGACAGGCUAAAGUGUUUGGGGAUAAUUUCCCAGUGGAAUUUUUUGUACAGCAAUGCAUCGAUAUUUUCGGGCCUAGAUACAACAUGAACUUAUUGGAGUCUGCUGUCACACGAACGAAUAUUUUGUAUGGUGCAUUAAAACUACAAGUGACAAAUGUAGUAUUUGUGCAUGGUUCAAUCGAUCCUUGGCAUGUGCUCGGCAUCAUACAAUCUUCCAAUCCACAAGCGCCUGCUAUUUACAUCAAAGGUACUGCACAUUGUGCAAACAUGUAUCCUCCAUCCGAACGUGAUAUGCCUCAGCUAAAGGAGGCUAGAAUACAGAUAAAAGGUCUAAUCAAGCAAUGGAUACAAAAUUAAGCUCUCAACAUGUGAUAUUAUAUAAGAUAAAAGAAGGUUUAUAUACAUAUGUAUAUUUAUAUAAAUACGUUUAUUCUAAUUUCAUAUAAAUGUGAAAUUUUAAAUCUAAUGAUACUUAUAUAUGCAAUUUACGAAUGCGCUAGUAUCCAUUAUCAUGUACCAUGUUUAAGUGACAAAAUUGCUUCUUCAAUAAAUCGAACAAAUUUGCCCCAAA